UACAAUCUAACUGGGGACCCACUACAGGUGUUGGCUAUAUCACCUUCCACAACGCAAAAAGCCACCGACUUUAUCGAACCCAUUUCAAUAUUUUGCAGGGGUUUUACGAAAAGAGGUGGGCUUGACUCGUUAAAGGUCGAGCAUUUCUACUAGUGGAAGAAAGAGUGGUGCUUGGUCAUUGAUGCUUGUAAAACUAGGAGUGAAUUCUGGGUUUGGUGCAAAGAGUUGUAUUUAUAUGCUGGCUUCUUCAGCUGUGUUGAGAAGGCAACAGUUGGUGAUAAGGUGUCUUGGAGUUGGAGGUUACAGUAAUCAUAACAUUAACACUAAUCAGAAACCAAUGCAAGGAGUUGGAUUCAGUAGUGGAGCUUCUUUGGAGGCUGAUGUUGAGAAUGUUCUGAGGGCAAUCACACCGACCCUUGAUCCAAAUAGACACAAGGGUCAGGCUGGAAAUAUAGCUGUUAUUGGUGGGUGCCGUGAGUACACUGGUGCUCCAUAUUUUGCUGCUAUCUCAGCAUUAAAAAUUGUAAGUUUGAUAAACGAAAGCAUAUCCUUUUCAUCUCAGGGUGCGGAUCUGUCCCAUGUUUUCUGUACAAGAGAUGCUGCUUCAGUUAUAAAAAGCUACAGUCCUGAGUUGAUCGUACACCCAAUUUUAGAAGAGUCAUACAGUGUUAGGGAUGAGGACAAGAGCUUUAUCUUAGAAAAGGUUCUUGGUGAAGUUGAUAAGUGGAUGGAAAGAUUUGAUUGUCUUGUAAUUGGUCCGGGCCUUGGAAGGGACCCAUUUCUUCUGGAUUGUGUUAGCAAAAUCAUAAAGCAUGCAAGACAGUCCAAUGUUCCAAUUGUCAUAGAUGGGGAUGGACUCUUUCUUAUUACAAACUGUCUUGAUCUUGUAAGUGGAUAUCACUUGGCUGUCCUGACUCCAAAUGUAAAUGAAUACAAGCGACUUGUACAAAAAGUUUUGAGUUGUGAAGUAAAUGAUGAAGAUGCACGUGAGCAAUUACUAUCUCUUGCAAAAAGGAUUGGUGGUGUCACUAUACUUAGGAAAGGAAAAGCUGACCUCAUUAGUGAUGGUGAGAUAGUUGAAUCAGUGAGCAUAUAUGGUUCUCCUCGAAGAUGUGGUGGACAGGGAGAUAUACUUUCUGGAAGCGUUGCUGUAUUUCUUUCAUGGGCCCGUCAAAUUGUCACAGAUGAGAAUCUGAGUAUCAGUUCCCGAAACCCCACAAUGUUGGGUUGCAUUGCUGGCUCCACUUUAAUGAGGAAGGCUGCAUCCCUCGCUUUUGAGAAUAAGAAAAGGUCAACUCUUACUACUGACAUCAUAGAAUGCUUGGGAAGAAGUUUGCAGGAUAUUUGUCCAGUUCCCUGAUGCUGUUAAUCUUCUGCUGAUAGAGUUGCAUGUACCGACAUUCAGAGACCCUCAAUUUCAGUCGCUUCGGUUGACCAGAAUCACAUUUCCUUGGUUUCCUUCACACCCUUUCCAAACUUAAAACUCUUUUCUUUUCUUUUUUCCCUCUUUUUCUCGUUUUUGGUGAAAACAACUUCUCUUGUAUAUAGACUGUUUUGCUUAUUAUGACAUUAUCAGGAUGAAUAUUUCAUUGGCGUCUAAAUCUCUGCGAAGGAAAUGAUGUUAGCCAUAAGCCUCUGUUA